AUGACGAGCGACACAAAUGGAGACUAUUGCUGCCCUGAUCGUCUUCACCGAGAUAUUGAAAAUGGAGAAAAACUGUUGCUCGUGGACUGUCGUUCGCAGUCGGAAUAUAGCCGUAGUCAUGUUGUGAAUUCCAUUAAUGUCACUUUACCAGGAUUAUUGGUGAAGAGAUUACGGAAGGGAAUAUUGAAUAUGUCAGCAAUUAUUCAUAAUAAUGUUGACAAGGAACGCUUUAAUAAACAAUGUAAAACUCAUUUAAUCAUUUUAUACGACGAGUGUUCCACUGACCUCAAUGCUAACCCAUCUAGCAUACUACAUCUUUUAGUGAAGAAACUUCGCCAAGAUGGCUGCCGUGCUACAUUUCUCCUUGGAGGUUUCACGACGUUCGUUCAACGUUUUCCAGAACAUUGUGUUUCUUUAGACAGUACCGAAAACUCUUUAAAUGGACUGAGUAACUUACGAAUUAGUGAAGACUCAGCCUAUGGUACCUCAAGUGACAGUGAAAAUGAUGGUACGCCUUCAUUACAGUCACCCUUUCCCGUUCAAGUACUGCCAUACCUUUAUCUAGGUAACGCUAAAAACUCGGCCGAUUUACAACAAUUGAAACAAAAUGGAAUCUGCUAUAUUUUAAACGUCACCCCUAAUGUGCCAAAUAUGUUUGCAAAUGACGAUUCGUUUAAAUACCUUCGCAUCAACAUCAGCGAUCACCUGUCUCAAGACUUGUUCGAGUUUUUUCCAGAAGCCAUUGCAUUUAUUGAUGAAGCGAGAGAGAACCACUGUGGUGUUUUAGUUCAUUGUUUGGCUGGAAUAAGUCGUUCUGUGACGGUGACUGUGGCGUAUUUGAUGAGCAAAUUGAACCUGACUAUGAACGAGGCGUAUGAUUUUGUCAAAAGUUGUAAACCAAAUAUUUCUCCCAAUUUUAAUUUCAUGGGACAGUUAUUGGACUUUGAAAAAUGCUUACAUGGUAGUGAUAAUUCAAUAGGAUCUCGAUCCAAAUUUCGUAAUUUCGAAUAUUGCAACAAGAAUUCGUCAAGUUCUGACAUACCCCCACUGACCCCGGCAGUAUGA